AUGUACGCGAUAAGGGGGCUGCAACUGCCGCACUUCUUCUUCCGACUUUCUCUUACAUUCAAGUCCUUAUCCUGCUCUUCCUUCCACCCCAAAUACCCCACCUCAACACCCUCCCUCAACCCCUCAAUCAUACUCCAAUACCUGGUCAGCAACAUCCUCCUCCUCAGAUCCCCCUCACCCUCACACGAAGCAUGUCCAGCCGUCGAAACAAUUCCACUCUCAGCCGCAGCAAAAAAUCUCCACGAAAGAAUCAAUCGCAGAAACCACGAAAUUUUCAGUAUGCACGUAACCCGCCACCCCACUCCUCGCAACCCCAGAAUUCCAUUUCGAAAUUUUGGAUGCAGGGACUCGAGUGCAGCGAGUGGUGAAUCAGAAGGCAUUGAAAUCACUCGUACGGGGUUGGGAAGGAAAAAUCCCCCGGGGGGGGGGGGGGGGGGGGGGGGGGGGGGGGGGUUCAUUCUAUUCUACUCUGCAGAGUUUUUUGGAUGUCGCGUUUCAAUCUCUACAUCCUGGCAGCAUCUAGAAGAUGAUAUACGAAACAGUCAUCGUGGAAAACAUGGUGUUAUUUUGCGUCUCUUAGUCUCUCUGCCAUCAUCGCGAACUUCGCAAGGUCGUUUACGUCGUUUGACUUCUGGCAGAAUUGAGCUCUUUGUAUCGUUGUGUGACGCUUGGGUUUCGGUCCGCUUGCAAGUGGCAUCGUUGAAGGCGCAGCCGACUAGUGAUUCUUUGACAAAUUGGAUGCUAUCCAAAAUCCGUGAUGCUGCUGCCUUGAGAGAUAGCAUGUCCGGCCUGAAUCUUGUGAAUGCAGGGGAAGGUCUUCUGGAAGGUACUCCGUACACUGGCAGAUCUGUGCACCAUGGAAGUGAUGUUGAACAGCUCAUAUCGCUGUUAGCAAGCGUAGACCACCUGGAUUUCAGCACAGUACAGUACGGCCACAAACCUACGGCGAGACAAAGACUCCGAAAGCAACUCAAACGGCUGCUGAAGCAACUCGAUUAUUUUGAGGUAAACCGCAAGUUGAGAGAUCGAAGUUACUCCAUACUCCCUUGCGAGAACUAUGAACUCUGCAAAGUUGGAGAGUUUGUCAAAUGUCCGGUACCUGAGGUUCUUGGUAACCAACGGGUCACUUAUGAAGAUUGGAAAUGUUUGUCUUCACCCUUCGGAUCGAUAUAUUUCGAGGAACGACCGCAGCUCGUGACCAGGCGAUUCAGAGACAGGUGUCUUACACCAGUAUGUACGCCGAGAAGUGGAAGAGGUUUUAUUCAUGGCCGUGCGGAUCUCGUGCGGCUAGUGUCGCUCAAUGAUUCGCUCGAAACGCUGCCUGGAGAGUACCAUCCCCCUAUCGAAAUCGUGAGAGGAAGUCUGACUAGAGAGACCUGUCUUGAGCUGAAGUUCAACGGUCUUGGAGCAUACCUCAUUCGUCCAGGUGCCUCCAAAGUCUGUCGCCUUCAGGUGAUAUGCUGGUCAGCUGAUACUAUCAGCUAA